UCAUCAUCACCGUCCAUCCUCUCUCCAUCCAACGGAUCCGACUCUCUCGUCUCAUCGUGCUUCAUAUCAUAGCAAAACCCUAGAGAUUUUCGCGCCACCCUCUGCAAAAACCGAUUCAGCAAAAUCCAAUCUUCUUCUCGUGGGAGCAAGAGGCGGAGAGAACACCGCUCGACAGCCGAAGAGCGUCGCGAUUAUGGCUUUGUUGAUGGUAAUUCGAGAUCUCGCCGCCCUUCGGUUCGAUACUGUUUGGUAAUCGCACUACGAUUUCUUGAAAUCGUUGCGUUUUCUCGACUGAUCUUGUGUGGAUCUUUUUAUGGGUGGAGAAAGGGAAUCGGAGCCGGUGAAGCCCUGAUUCUGGCCGGAUUCCGUGAGUCGCUGGUUGUGUUUUGUUUGAUGGUGGUGUUCCGACUGUUGAGCUCUGUAUUGAGCAAUCUGAGUCGGCUACUGAACUGACCGAGUCAGAGUCCGAGUCCGAGUCAGGGAUAGAGUCUACCGAGUCAGGACCGAGUCCGGUGGUUAGUUGCGGGUGCAUUAGGGAGACGCCAAAUUGGGGGUUCGAAGAGGUUCAUUUGUCAUCUCUGUGGGUGUCCAAGUCGGCCCUGUCAGGGACCCAAGUCGAGUGGUGAGUGGGACUGUGUUUAGUAGGCGGAAGAGUUGUGAAUUGAAGAGGAAAGUCGAGACGGAGGUUUGGCCUCGUUGAGACCACGUGCCGAUGCCUUCUGUGGGGAUGAAGAGGACGACAAGGAUUUUUGGGGCAAGGGUUUUGAGGUCAGGAAAGCGGUUGUGUUCAGAACCAGGUGAGCGGAAGCGUAUGAGAGCCGCCGCGCCGCCAGCUGCUUGUGCAGAAGACGGCUCGGAGUGGAUUGAGCUUCUUGACAAUUCAGGCAGCGGCGGCGGCGACGACAAUGAAACUCUGUCAAAGGAAAAUGGGUGGCAACGUGAUGGAGCUUCAAAGCCAAACGCGACUGUAAUGGAUACUGAUAAAAAAGUAGCAGAACCCAAAUCGGGGAGAAAUAAAGUUGGAACGUGUCGCAACGUUUACAGUAGAAAAAGAAAGAGAAUUGAUGCCAAAAAUUCUGAACUUGAUUGUGGUUCGGAAGAUAGAAAGUAUGGCAUUCAUUUUUCCAGGAAGCAACGGCGGAACAAGAAAAUUGGGGAAGUAGGUGGGAGUUUGUGCUAUGCAAGAAGUAGGGUGCUUUAUGCUGUUAUUGACUCUUAUUCUUGCGCUGGCGAUUCUUGGAUUGCUUGCGUUCUGAGUUUGAUUCUUAGUUACCUGAGCAGGAUUAAUAUGGGACUGUUGCAGCUAUCUGCAUUCUUGUUUCCUGAACCGCUAAGUCAUGUUUUCUCAUCACAAGGGAUUCGUUUUUUGUGGGACUCUCCUCCUACUAGAAGAUCUGGAAUUUGCACAAUUUAUGGAACUAGGGGUUCUGCACCAUUGUUUUCUGUGGAUUUUUUGGCAGUUCCAUCCUCCUUCAUUUAUUUGCACUCGACUUUACUUCUUCAAUCUGCAUGCUUGUCGAAUGUUCUUGCAAUUUCUUCAGAUAUGAAGGACAAUAAAAUGAAUGAUGCCAUGGAACACAUUUCAUGUAUUCAUUCUGACAGGGAUUCUCCUGGAACCAAAAUCAUAACAUCUGGAAAUAAUUCUGGAAAGAGGAAGUUUUUAUACUCUGCUUUGUUCGCUCCUAAAGUUGGUUGUAAAGUUGCACAAUUUGGAAAUGGUGCUAAUUCUGGUGCUAUUCUGAAGAAGAAUUCUGUGAGGCCUGGGAGAAGGAGAGUAAAAAAUCCUACUGUUUUGUGGGGCAACAAAGGUAUUGCUACUUUGGUUGCUAAAUAUUUUAGUUCUAGGCAAGAUGGUAUUCUGUUGCCUUCUGUAGCAUCUGAUGGUGAAUAUCUGAGUUCUGUUCAGAAGAGUUCCAUACAAAACAUCAAAGAACUGAAAUCAUCUGGAGUGGAAUUGGCACAGGACAUUGGUUCAAAAUGUUGCUUUGCAAAUAUUUUGGUAAUUGAAUCAGACACAUGUUAUAGAGUGAAAGGUGGCACUGUUAAGCUGGAAGUUUCUUCUUCAAAACAGUGGUUUCUUGCAAUUAUGAAAGAUGGGAUAACAAGAUUUAAAUUUGCUGCAAAAAAGUUUAUGAGACCUUGCAGUUCCAACCGAAUGACUCAUGAUAUCAUAUGGACUGAAGAUAAUAAUAAUUGGAAGUUGGAGUUUCCAGAUAGGCAAGACUGGUUGAUUUUUAAGGAACUUUAUAGGGAAUGUUUUGAUCGCAAUGUGCAGGCUGCAACUGCUGAGUUCAUCCCUGUUCCCGGUGUGUAUGAAGUAUCAAGUUAUGCUGACAGCUACAGAGUUCCAUUUAAACGACCAGAUUCAUACAUCAGUGUGAAAGAUGAUGAGUUGUCAAGAGCGUUGGCAAAGACAACGUCAAAUUAUGACAUGGACUCCGAGGAUGAGGAGUGGCUCAGGAAGUACAACAGCGAGUUUCCUGCAAAAAAUGGGCAAUGUGGACAUGUCUCAGAAGAGAGCUUUGAAUUAAUGAUUGAUACCUUUGAGAAGGCUAUCUAUCAUUGUCCAGAUGAUUUAUCAAAUGAGAAAGCAGCAGUCAAUGUCUGUUCAAAUCUAGAGAGAAAGGAAGUUGUUGAGGCUGUGUAUAGUUAUUGGAUCAAAAAGCGGAAGCAGAAACAUUCAGCACUGGUUAGGGUCUUUCAGUGUUAUUCGCUAGCAAGAGCUCAACCGCUUUCAAAGCCAGUUCGACAGAAGAAAAGGUCCUUUAAACGGCAGGCAGGUCCUUCUCGGAGAUACAAGCAGCCAACUUUCACGCCAGCUAGGGCCCCGGAAGAAGUCGCUUUGGAAGAUGAGAACGCCUUGGUUAAGGUCCAAGAAGCCAAAACUAGAGUGAGUAGAUCUGAGGCUUUGGCUGUUGUGAAGCGCCAAAGAGCGCAGGUCCUAAUGGACAAGGCCGACUUGGCGACUUAUAAAGCCGCAAUGGCACUUAGGUUUGCUGAGUCUGCUGGUGCCGCUGCCUCUUUUUUCCUUGAUUUAGAGCUGUAAAUAUUGCUGAUGCUAACUCAAGAAGCCUGUUUUUAAUUUGCUUUGGCAGUCUUAUGGCUGUUUUUUGAAGCCUUUCUUGAGAUCAGCCUCUGAAGAAAGUAAUGUAAUUUUGUACAGAUUAAGAUUGUUUGUACAUCAUGUAUUAUUAACUAGAUAACACCCAGAUUUUGUACUAGGGUUAGGGUAUUUGCUUGAUUUCAACAGUAUAAAGAAAAGCAGAGAGAAAGAUACCCGGGUUCCUUUUGGUGGAUUCGGUUACUUAUACAAAGCUAGUAUUCGUUCUUGUGGCCGACCAAA